UCCCUCUCAGUAGUAGAGGAGGCCCUUGCCCAACAGUGGGACAGUAUAAAAUACAGGGCUGAUAUUAUAUUAUUAUUAUUAUAUAAAAAUUCCAGGUUUAAAAUUAUAGAUGAUGACAUAGAUCUAUCCAAGCUAAGGCCAUUAGAAGGAGAUGAGUUGGACAUACUGGAUGGAGGUGAGGAUGCUCCGCAGAUCGCUGGGAUCAUAGACGAUAGGCCUGAAGAGCUGCGGAAGAUAGAGGAGUUCGGCUCCAGCUCAAAAUGGAGAGUUAUUAGUCAGGAUGAUGGUUUCAACAGUAAGUUACAAGUCCAAGAAAUAAAGAAGGAUGUAAAAGAGACUAAAAAAGAAAAUGAAAUUAUCUUUGGGAAAAUGUACAGUGAUUCUGAAGAUGAAAAACAGGAUUCCGAUGUGUCACCCCCAAGAAAAACUUCUGGUAAUCAUAAUGGUGAUAGGAAUCAAUCUAAAAGUACAAAAAAACACAACAGUGACAGUGACUUCAGUCCACCUAGAAGAAAAGAGAAGGAAGAUUCUUCAAAAAGCAAAAGAAAAGACAAGAAUUAUGACUCUGAUCCUUCCCCUCCAAGAACUAAGAGUAAGCCGAAAGAAAAAGUAAGGAAGCCAAGUCGUUGGGGUGAUGCAGAUAGAUCACCGGAAACUUCUAAAUCUUCAAAAAGAAGAUCCCCAAGUUCAGACCAGUCCCCACCAAGAAAGUCACAAAAAUCAAGAUACAAUUCAGAUGUUACAACUUCUAAUAAAUCAAAGAAAUAUGAUUCUGAUACUUCACCUUCGAGAAAAUCGCGAAAAGAGUAUGAUUCUGAUGUGUCGCCACCUAGGAAAUCACAGAAAAAAUAUGAUUCUGACGCAUCGCCUACGAGAAAAUCGCAGAAAAAAUAUGAUUCUGAUGUGUCACCUCCAAGGAAAUCACAGAAAAAAUAUGAUUCUGACGUGUCACCACCUAGGAAAUCGCGAAAAAAACAAGAUUACACUUCUUCAUCUAGAUUUGAUUCUAAAAAGAACAGAUCUCCAGAUACUGCGCGAAGGAAACAUUCACCGCAAAGAUCAAAGUACGAUAAAUCAGAAUCAAGGAAGCAAAGGAAAUCAAUAGAUUCAGAUGUAUCUCUGCCGAGAAAUUCACUUUAUCGUCAAGAGUCUCCUUCACAACGGAAGUCCAGAAAGUCGCCUGAAAGGAGGAAAAGGUAUGAUAGUGACUCGGAUGCGUCACCCCCAAGAAGAGAAAAAGGUAGAACAGAAGACGGCAGACACAAAAGAAGUACUGAUAGUCCACCACCAUCUAAUAAGAAAAUGGCAAAAACUUUGGAGGGAAAGAAAGCUGGGCUUCAAGAUGCUAGACAGUUGAGAGAGGAGAAUGAAUCAUUUAGGAAAAGGGAAGAGGAAGUGUAUAAUAAAAUGACUGAUGCAGUGUCUGGUAGGAAUGCACAAGCUGUGUCCCGGAAAGGCAAAAGAGAAACAUCAGAGGAGAGACAGAAACAAAGAGAGAAGGCAGCGAGGCAGAAGGAGUUGGAUGAAAAAUACAAGAAAUGGAGUAAAGGGAUAAAACAAAUAGAAGAGCAAGAAACCCGCCUCCAAGAUUUCAUGCAUGAAGCUGCCAAACCUUUAGCAAGGCACAGGAACGAUCAAGACUUGGAGCACAACUUAAAACAGGUGGAACGAGAAGGAGAUCCAAUGCUGCAGUACAUGCGUGAGAAGACGAGAGAACGAGGAGAGUUACCACCAGAACGGCCCACAUACAAAGGCAACUUCCCACCCAAUCGGUUUAAUCUUCGACCAGGCUACAGAUGGGAUGGCGUGGACCGUUCAAACGGAUAUGAGAAGAAAUAUUUCACGCAACAAAGUAGGAAGAAGGCUCAAGAAGAAGAAGCUUAUAAAUGGAGCACUGAAGAUUUGUGAAUAAUUUUUGAUAUUAUCUGUUGACAUUGGACGGAUUUUUUUAUCAAACAAAACAUACCUAAUUAAAUAGAAAAAUA